AGUCUCUGGCGCACGACCGUUUCCGCGCGCCCAGCCGCCUCCGCCUCUGCCGUACCCUUGCCCAAGCCAGCCCGCCCAACACAGCCCAGCCAGCGCCAGCUCCAGCAGCCGACUGCUAGCCCGCCUAACAACUGGCUGCUACACCCACUUCUGUUACUGCCGCCUGCUGCUGCGAAACAACAACCAAAGCAGCAAGUCGUCACACCCAUACUCACUCUCUUUUACAUCUCACUCCCUCCCUCCCUAUUCUACAAGGCUCAGUCUUCCCUUUGGAACGACGUGUCACGCCUUCGCCCUUCGCCCCCCCCCCCUCCGCCCCGGACACCGACCACUGCAAACCGCGACUGCCCUCUCUGGCUGCUUUGCCCUUGAACGACCGACGCGACCAGCCAAGGCGCACAGACCCCUCGUCCUCCCGCCCUCGCCUACCCACCGUCCCACUACCCACCGCCCCCCACCACCCCUCGUUUCAUAUCGCCACCUUUCACUGCGUUCCUAUCCCAUCACUCCGUCGCCUUUUGCCCAGCCACCUUCAUCUCCUUCCUCAUCAUCAUCCUCCUCCUCCUCCUCGAGGCGCAGAGCAUGCCAACGACUGCAUCGUAGUUGUCGAAGACACAUUACAGCCCACAUCACAACUUCGGCUCGACAUCGACCUACAAUCGGCGCUCGCCCUUUCCCUCACUUCUUGCCCUCACCCCAACACUGCCGCCGCCCACAUUCGUUUAAACACAACAUCACGUCGCCCACACCGGGGCACUCUCUCACCAAAUGCCUCGCAAUCCUCCACGACGUCGUCUGGGCGCCUUUGCGGCAGCUGCCGCUGCGGCGCUCGUGACGACGCCUUCCGCCUUGGCAGCAUCGGCUGCACCUUCCACUGCACCCAAUGUUGACUUUGGUCGCAUGGGCUCUGUCGGUUUUGGUGGCGCGUUUGCUGGCCUCGACUGGUUCACCGCACAGUCCGCGUUCGCUUCUUCGUCAUCCAGCGGCGGCGAGUCAGCACCCCAUUUUGCAACAGAUGGCGGUACACUGCUGGUGCAUAACCCAGACGGCACGAUCAGCCUACUCGGUAACACCAACCCCGGGGGAAGCAUAACGGCGCUAUGCUACUCCAACUCGCCAGACAACGGGACGCUGUACAUUGGCGGCACAUUCUCCUCCUUCGCAUCAACAUCUUCAUCCAACGUUGUUGCGUACUCCUUAUCCUCGUCCAAAUUCUCAGCAUUGGGGACAGGUUUGACAGGGCCUGUAAACACGCUCUACUGCGACGACUCCAACCACGAGGUGUGGGUGGGUGGAUCCUUCACAGAUCCCCUUGCCAGCGGCACGCCAGGAAACGUCGCAAGGUGGUCUACGCAAUCCUCGGCGUGGUCGGCAGUGCCCUUCGGUGGGUUCAACGGUCUCGUCCGCUCGAUUGCACCAAGUCCAAACGGCGCCAGCCUGUACUUUGGUGGUGACUUUACCACGCAGUACGCGGACAACGCCGGGAACACAACAAACCCCCUCACCCAGCUCAUCUCCGUCCCGAAUGCUCCUGUCGACACCGUCACGACUGGCAACUCGGGCUUCCUCACCCCCUACACCAUCCCCACGUCGGCGUCACAAUACGGCGGAUUAAGAAUCGACGCGACCCCCGCGGCGCCCGGCAGCGACGCCAAUGUUCUUCUUUGCCCAGGCACUGGGUCCUGGCAGGCGCAGAGCGGAAGCACAGCAGUCAUCAACAUCCUCAGCAACGGCUAUUUGAGAGGCCAGGGUGUCCGUGUUGCCAACGACAUUGCCGGCGGCAUCGGUACCACCUCGUUUACCCUCACAACUCUGCCCGACAAUACUGUGGUCCCUCUGAUCUACACUGACCCAGCAACUGGUCAAAACAGCACAUGCUCGGGCAGCUGCCCCCUGUCGACCAACUCGAGCGUCCACGCCCAAGACUACCUUUUCGCGGACGGUUCAAGAGAGCUCACCGGCCUGCAGUUCACCUUGGACGGCUACCAGGGAUCACAAGCUGCCCUCGACUACAUCCAGCUGCUCUCUGACGGUGCUUACGCAUCAGCCGUCGCGUCGGACAACACUGGCCUCUGCGGUGAAUCAAAGUCUGGCGUCCAGUCGGUCGGAGCGUGGCAGGACCAAAAUGCCCCUACGGCGAUCCCAGGCACGACGACUGGGUACACCGUCGCAGAGGUCCCUACAAACGCUGUUACGGAAACCAGUCUGACGCUCUACACCUGGGUCGGUUCAACGGGUUACUACGACAUGUUCCUGGUCGUUCCGGGAUGUGCCCAGCUUGGUGACUGUGCAAGCCGAACCACUGUGGAUGUCACCAUCUUCCCUCAGGAGGGUGUGCCGUACACCACGACCGUCGACCAGAAUGUGCAGGACGACUCGCUGAUUCGCAUCUACUCGGGCCUCGUCAAUGCGUCGACCGCCGCUUUCAGCCCUACCGUCACUGUCGCUCUGCCAGCAAACCCCGCGCCGAUCGCCGGUGACCACUAUGUGGUGGUUGCCAACGGUGUGUCCAUGACCCUUACUGGCCUCCAGACAGCGCCUGUUCCAUCCGCGUCUGGUGCGACCACAACUGGCGCCCCUGGCCAGACGGGCGUGUCCGGUGGUGUGAGCGGCGCCCCUGGUGCCACGGGGACUGGGGCAACUGGCGUAACGACAGGGGCGGACGGGUCGAUUACCCCUUUGGGCCCGUCCGGUACCGCGACCGGCACGGCGAGCGGCACUCUGAUUUCGGGUUCCGCCACGGCCACCUCAGCCUCCCCUUCUACCACCUCUGGAGUUCCGGUUCUCCUUCCCAACACGACGCGCGAAGCAUUCGGUGUGUUCGAGUGGGUCAGGACAACCAACCUCAAGGCCACCUCCCUUCUCCCCAACAACACCGAGACGGCCCUGACGAAGCUGGCAUUCUCUCUGGAUGCGGCUCGCAACGCUUCUGGCGGCACUCAUUUCUCCGUCGCCUCGGUCCUGCCAGUGAACAACACGGCAUUCGUUAGCGGCUCGUUCAGUGCCUCCAACUACUCGAACGUCGUUGGCGUCGACACUUCCUCCGGCGCGCCUGUUGGCCUCGCCAACGGGGGACUCAAUGGCGCUGUCAACACGGCCGCCGUUGUCAGCGGCUCCAUCUACUUUGGCGGCAACUUUACCGGUACCCAGUCUAGCACUUCGGGCCUGAGCCACAUUGCUCGCUACGACCCCGUGGCCAAGGCCUGGGACAGCGUUGCUGGCGGAGUCGACGGUCCUGUCACUCAGCUUCUCGGCGUCCCAGGCGGCUUGGUCGUUGUUGGCCCCUUCAACCAUGUCGUGUUCUCCAACGGCUCGUCGUUCGCGACGGGCGGUUUUGCCGUCUACAACGCCACCACUUCGCAGUGGAACACAGGUGGUAUCCUCUACGGCAACGGUACGGCAAUUGGUUCUUCAGGUCCGCAGACCUUUGUUGCCGGUCAGUUUGUUGGCGCGUCCAGCAACUCUGUCGGCGGCGUUGCUUCGCUCGUCACAAACAAGGACGGCACAGCUUCUAUUGAAAGCCUCAACGGCGUCUCUUUCUCAAACGCUGGUUCGGCUCCCCCUCCCCCUGCUCCCCCGACUCGUCGAUCCAUUACCGGCUGGCUCGCUCACGUCGCCCGUUCAAACGCCCACCUCGCGGCUCGUGCUACCGCGGUGCCUAUUCCACCCAGGCCUGCGCUUGCUCCGGCGACUCUCACCGGCGCCUUCUACACCAACUCGUCGGCGUCUGGCAAGCCCGACAUCACCAUUCUUGGUGGCAACUUCACCCAGGGCUCUGGACCUACUGAAGUCUCGGGUGUUGCUUUCCAGACCAACAACGGGCCUCUGACGGGACCGAACCCCCCUGUUUCUGGCAUUGUGCGUGCGCUCAAUGUGGUAAAGGACACUCUCUGGGUCGGCGGUAGCGACAUAAGCGCCAACGGUCUCGGUGGCGGCCUGCUGCGGUACGAUCUUGCCACAGGCCAAUGGCUCAACAGCGGCCUGGCUGCCCUCACUGCCGCCGGUGGUUCAAACAUCACGAUCAACCAGAUCAAGACCCGGACAAACACGGACACGGUUGUGGUCGCGGGCAACUUUGCCAACGCGGGCUCCGACUCGUGCGCCGCCGUCUGCUUCUACACAGGGGGGCGCUGGGACCGACUUGGCACUGGCCUGUCUUCAGGUGAAGUCACCUCGAUCGACUUUGGAGACAAUCAGUACGGCACCCUUGUUGCAGGAGGCUCGUUCGUCGUCGGCUCGGACAACGUCUACGCCGCCACCUACACCUUUGCCAACCAGUCGUGGACUCCCCUCCCUGGUCUCCCCGGCCCUGUCAACUCGAUCGUGUUCAACGACCGCAAUGUCUCCAACAUUUUCGCGACCGGCUACAAUGCUGGGGACCGCACUCCUUACCUUCAGCGCUGGGACGGCCACUCGUGGAGCAACCAGAACUCGUCGGCGUUGCUGGACGGCACGGUGAUUCAGAACCUCGCGUUCGUGCCUGUCAAGCAGGCCCAUGCUGCGGCCGGUGCUAUUGAGAACAAUCGCAUGCUCAUGGCUUCGGGCGAUGUUUUCCUCGCCAACACUGGUAACGUGUCGUCGGCCCUCUUCGACGGUGCUUCGUGGCACCCGUACCUUGUCGGCUCGACCGCUGCCGGCACCCUCGGCGCGGCUUCUUCUCUCUUCUGGUCGCACUCGUCGAUCGACUUUUCGCUCGCCAAGUACCUCGCCCGUGGCAUUGUCGUCCUCGUGGCCAUGGCGAUUGCGACUGGCCUUAUCCUUCUGCUCAUUCUUCUCAUCCUUCUUGUCGCCUACUGCCUUCGCCGGCGCGAGCGCAACCAGCAGCCAUCCGAGGUUUACGACAAGGACGGCAGCGACGUGUCGUCGACGCAUCAGUUCAUGCUCAACAGCGUCCAGACGGCUCUCGAGCGCUCUCUCAUCCCUGGAGCCCAGCACCCCUCGCAGCCGGAGCGCGCCCACGUCAGCGAAUUUGGCGCGGGCCCUUCAACUCUUGCCGGCGCGGGCGCUGUGGCUGGUGCUACUGGCCUGGCCGCAGGUGCAGCUGCUACUCACUCGGCGACUCACCUGACGCCUACACCGACAUAUGGCUCGCGACCAGAAAGCGACCAGAGCCACUACGUGGACGCUGAACAGGGUCCCGAGUACCUCCACGAGCCAGGAUCGCUCGAGGGCAGCGACGAGGGCCGCGAAACGAUCAUGCGCUACGACUUCUUUGGCCCCGAACUGCAAACUGGCGAGCUGCCUAUGCGGACAGGUCAGCGCAUCAUCAUCCUCGACGAUGAGCAGAGCGACGAAUGGUGGUACGCGAGAGACCCGGCGACUGGGCAGGAAGGUGUUGUUCCUGCUACCUAUGUGUUGUGAUACCACUUUUGGACAAUUGGACGACGAUUCCCCCACGAUAUCCCUCGAUGUCAGACACACAGUCUUGACGCAAAACACGCACCGGCUUCGUAUCCCUUGCCUUGGCGGGUGUCUCAUGGUAUAAUUGCUUUUCCACUUUUCCUCCUACUAGACGGGCUUCCUGUGUUCUUUACAUUGUUCUGCAUAUUCGUGUUGCAUGGGA